GCCGCGUCGUCGCAGCUUCGUCUGGCCGCGUCUGGCCUGGGCUGUUGUAUAUAAAUUUUGACAAAAGAAAGAUUUCGGUUUAAACCAAUUUUGGCAAGGCGGCGGUCUAUAGGCCAUAGGCUGAUGACAAACACGAAUCAGACCGCGUGCGCGCUUCAACAGAACCACAUACCCAGCGACAGACACAGCUGCAGAAUGCACUCGAAGAAGCCGCUUCCCAGCCUCAGCUUCCUCCUCCUGCCGCUGGUGCUCUGCUGUGCCUCGGUGGAGGCUUUUGGCAACGAGUAUGUCCACAUCAAGGUGCAUGUGCCCAAGGAGCAGGACGGUGAGCCCGAGGUGGCCAAGGUCAUCCACCAUUACCAUCACCAUCCGCAUCCGCAUCCGCACCAGCUGCAGCGCCUGCAGCGUGGCCGUGUGGCACCGCCCAAGCCGAAGCAUCCCAGUCCGCUGCUGGAGAGCGUCAUACUCUCCGAUCUGGACAAGCCGCUGCACAUGAGCGAGCACGCGGAUUAUCUGAAUCACGCCAAGGAGCUGGCCGCCCAUCUAACGGAGACGUUCAACAAGAAGCCACCGCCACUGCCACUGCCACCCAAGAAGAAGGUAAACACCUACACGAUCAUCGAGGAGCAGCACGGCUCCAGGCCAGCUCCAGCUGCACCUGCUGCAGUCCACGGUGGCUACGACUACGAGGAUCAUCCGGAGCACAGUGUGGAGACGUACCGCGUGAUUGAGUCGCGGCCUGCCCCGCUCAACCACCAUUCCCAUCAUCACCACAAGCCACACCAUGACCACCAUCACGUGGAGGAGGAUGACGAUGAGGAUCUGGGCUAUCACUAUCACUCGCAUCAUUCCCAUAAUCACAUUGGUGGCGCCUAUGCAGAGCCCGCGCCCGUCGAGGAGCACAUUGAGCAGGAGGCGGAGCAUGGCUACAGCUACUCAGCGCCCUACACCCAAGCUGGACGCGGCGCCAAGUCGGGCCGCGCUCCGUCCUACACGCUGCAAGCACCCGAGGAUCGUCCAUCGUCCGCCUACGGCUAUGACUACGCCAGGCCGAGCAGCAGCGGCAGCAGCACGGGCUUCCGACCAUCCCCACAGCUGACUGGAUACGAGGAUGAGCUCUCGGACACCUAUGGGCCGCCAGCUGCUGCAGCGCGUCGUCGUCGACCGGCACUGGUGGACUGGCCCGAGGCCACAGGCUUCAACAGUGCCGCCGCCGAGACGUACAACGGUGUCGACAGCUACAACGUGGGUCAUGUCCAGGGCUACGGCGGCGGUGGCUAUCAGUACAGUGGGCCCUAUCUGUAGCGCCCAACCCUCCCCUAGUUAUAGACUUAUUUAUUGGCCCUUCUUUUUUUUCAUAGCUGAUAAGAGUUCCCGAGCAGACAAAUAUAUGUGUAGGUUCUCACC